AGGCACUUUCCAAAUAAUUCUAAUUUUGUGACUUGUCUUCUCCUCCCUCAUGGUUUUUGUUUUUCCAGAAAAAAUGCAUUUCGUUUUCCUUCUUUUCUGAGUUCAACUUCUUAGUUCGUCCUUGACCCCUCACCAUCAUCCGCCGGCGAUCGACCGAAUGGAUCCGCCGCAGCCGUCGCUGUAUUCCCUCUCGCUCGUCACCAGGGCCAAAACGGCGCUUCAAUCCGCCGCGGUUAGGGCCGAGAAGGUCCUCACUGACAUCAAAGCCGACCUUAAGAUCGAUCGAGACAUCGACGUGCAGUCCCAAAGAGGGACGAGGAGAUCCACGGAUCGAGACAUAGAUGCGGACGAUGAUUGCAGCAGAUUGCCAACGGAGGUUAUGGAAAAAAGCUCGUCCAAGAAAGUAGACAGUUCAAAACCUCUAAAGAAGGCAAUUCCUUCAUCUUCUGUAAUUAAACAACUAGCUCUGGCAAUUGAGAGCGCAAAGCACUUCAACUCUGUAAAUAGCCUUUUGUCAUCAGCUGUAGAGCCCUCAAAUACCAAGGAAAAGAAUGGCUUGAGUUUUUCAGCAGUAAAGUCUCUAGUUCUCCGCGAUAAGGAAGAUAAUGAAAUCAAUUCUUCCAUAUGCCGUCUUUUUAAAUCAGAGGAACAAUAUUUGCCAUGGAAAGGUGUAUGUGGAUCUGACCUUACUCCGACUACGUUGUUAAAGGAUCUUCAUGGUGCACCGCCAGGAAGCUUUGUUGUUGAAUUGUCUGUGAUUAUUGGAGGCUUUAAAUCUUUACAGAAGAUGGCAUCAUUUUGGUGUAGUGUCAUAGCUGAACUGAGGAAAUUAUGGUCUGAUGGCCAGCCAAUACCUAGAAUGCCAUUAAAUGCAGAUCCUGACUUGAAUUCUUGCCUACUGCAUCAACAGUUUCAAGUUAUUAAUUGUUCCAUUGCCAGGAAACAGCGCCGAAGUAUUGCUGAAGAAUCAUUGCAUUCUAUAUUGACAAAGGCUAGUCACGAACAUAUUGAUUCAUCUCCAACUUCUAAAGGUUUCGCAAGGACCACUACUGGAGAUUAUGUUCUUAGGCUUGGAAUUUCAGGACCAUCUGAAAACCUUACCAUGUUAGAAACUGGCGAACCUAUAUAUUCUCCUAUUACACAGGAAGGGCCAGUUCUAACAGAAGAACUUAUAAAAGAAACUGAGGAGUUUGUGCUGCGAACUGGGAGUUUAGGGCCAGGUUGCUCUCAACUCCUCUCUGACAUGCAAGCAUUUAAGGCUGCUAACCCUGGGUGUAUCCUAGAAGACUUUAUAAGAUGGUACUCUCCGCCAGAUUGGAUGGAGACGGACAAUCAGCUCGAUAAUUCACUUGAUGAUGAAGGGUCAUCUCGACAUGGUCAAUUAAGUAGAAGAAUGCAGGAAAAAGAUAAUUUGUGGCAUGAACUGUGGGAAACUGCAAAAGCAUUACCAGCUGUCAAACAAACACCAUUGUUCGAUGAGGAUUUAGCAGUUGAAAGCAUCUUAACUUCCUUUGAGAGCAUCCAACCAUCUGAUCUCUUUGAGCAGCUUGCUGUAUGUGUGAUUUCUGCUGGUCUACUGAUAGCUGAAGCAGUAGUUCCAGAGGAUGGCACCUUAAACAAAAAAUACAACGAGUGCAAAGACUACAUAGUUGCAAUCUACCAAAGCGGUCUUUUGAAUGAAAAGUUGGAUGACAUUUGCAAGGUUUAUGGAACGAUAGAAGCCAUAGUCUUGAAACCUGAAGAAACCACUAAAGCAAUAGAACAACCUGAUGACACUCCACUUGGCGAAUCAAAGAAACUCUUCAAGGUAGGGAACUUAAACUUUGUUGGGAAGGACAAACAACCAAUUUGGAAACGAACUGCAAAGGAUGAUAAAAAAUCAGAGGAGAAACAGGGCCAUGUACUUUCCAGCCUUUUUGACAAAAGAACAUCUUUAUUCUCCAAAAAGGCUGAAAAACUAAAUUAACAACCACCCAAUGACUCAAUGAGUGCGAGAGUGGGCAUGUUUGAAAAAUUCCACAUUUGUUCUUUCUCAUUUUCCCCCUUUAUAUUGUUUGAUGUUCAAUGAGCCAAUGGCCAUGAUUAAACUUGUACAUGCUAUUUGUGUCUGUUACUCUUGAGAUGAAAAGUUAGUGCUUUUUGAUUCUUCAA